AUGGAGAUAUGCGAGCAUGGAUUAAAGAUUGUCUUGGCAACAAACAUCGCAGAGACGGGGAUCACGAUUCCUGAUGUCGUGUUUGUCAUCGACACUGGAAGAACAAAAGAAAAUAAGUACCAUGAAAGCAGCCAGAUGAGUUCCUUGGUGGAGACCUUUGUCAGUAAAGCUAGUGCCCUGCAGCGCCAGGGGAGAGCCGGGAGGGUCCGGGACGGCUUCUGCUUCCGGCUGUACACGAGAGAAAGAUUUGAAGGUUUUCUGGAGUAUUCUGUACCUGAAAUCCUGCGUGUGCCUCUGGAGGAGCUAUGUCUUCACGUUAUGAAAUGUGAUCUAGGCUCUCCUGAAGACUUUCUCUCCAAAGCCUUAGACCCUCCUCAGCCUCAAGUAAUCAGCAAUGCAAUGAAUUUACUCCGGAAAAUUGGAGCCUGUGAACCCAGUGAGCCCAAACUGACUCCGCUGGGCCAGCACCUUGCCGCUUUGCCUGUCAAUGUCAAAAUCGGCAAGAUGCUCAUUUUCGGAGCCAUAUUUGGCUGUCUUGAACCAGUGGCAACCCUGGCGGCUGUGAUGACGGAGAAAUCUCCUUUCAUCACACCAAUUGGUCGAAAGGAUGAAGCAGACCUUGCAAAGUCAUCUUUGGCUGUGGCCGAUUCGGAUCACCUCACGAUCUACAACGCAUAUCUCGGGUGGAAGAAAGCGCAGCAAGAAGGAGGCUUCCGCUCUGAGAUCUCCUAUUGCCAGAGGAACUUCCUCAACAGAACAUCGCUGCUGACACUAGAGGAUGUGAAGCAGGAAUUAGUGAAGUUGGUGAGAGCAGCAGGAUUUUCAUCUUCUACCAGCUGGGAAGGAAGGACAGGCCCACAGGCGCUCUCUUUUCAAGACACGCCCUUCUUAAAAGCUGUGCUGGCUGCGGACUGUACACAGCGUGGGGAAGAUCACAUGUGUACAAAGUCAGUGGGGACGGAAAAGCUGGCAUGCAUGGUGGAGACUGCCCAAGGCAAGGCACAAGUGCAUCCGUCCUCUGUAAACCGCGAUCUACAAACUUACGGGUGGCUCUUGUACCAGGAGAAGGUGAGGUAUGCCAGAGUCUAUUUGAGAGAAACGACCCUCAUAACGCCUUUCCCAGUUCUGCUCUUUGGAGGGAACAUAGAAGUCCAGCACCGAGAGCGGCUUCUGUCUGUGGAUGGCUGGAUCUAUUUUCAGGCCCCGGUAAAGAUAGCUGUUAUUUUUAAGCAGCUAAGAGUUCUCAUUGAUUCUGUUUUAAGAAAAAAACUUGAAAAUCCAAAGAUGUCCCUUGAAAAUGACAAGAUUCUACAGAUCAUUACAGAAUUGAUAAAAACAGAGAAUAACUGAUGCUGGAAUCCAUGAUUACCUGCUUCUAAAGUUAAGAUAAAGAUACAGUCCUGAAAUUAUGUGAAGGUCGGCUAUCCCAUUACAUAUUUCAUUACCUGAAAUGUUGGUACUAGCCAUUAGCCUGAAGGCGGGGGUGGGGAAAACAUUCUAUCAACCUGGACUUUUCUAAUCCUUUGUAAUGAUGAUGAUGCUCAAUGUAUUUGCCAUGACAUUUACAAUAAAUUCUUUGGUAUCAAAAAAAAAA